UUGAUCUUCAAAGUUUACUUGGUUAUGUCAAAAUCUAGUAUAUCAGAAUUCCAGAAAUAAAGUUACAUAGUAUAUUACAAAUGUUAGCUCUGUAUUUAUGCUAUAUUAAUAGAUCACGGCAAAUCAAAUUGUUUUUUUAAAUGCUAUUAUUCACGCCAUCGUAUAUAUAUCUUUGUGUACAAUCGGUAGAAAUUAGGCAAACCGGGUAGAAUAUAAUUUUGGAGUAAGAUUUCGAUAUUUGGGGUAACACAUAAGAGGUAUUAAUUACGAAAAAAUGAGUUUAUGGGUUGACAAGUAUCGUCCAACGACACUUUCGAAGCUGGAUUAUCAUCUCGAACAAGCGGAGGACUUAAAAAAUAUGGUACAAAAACGAGACUUUCCACAUUUAUUAGUGCAUGGACCUCCUGGUGCAGGAAAGAGAACUCGAAUAUUAUGUAUUUUAAGAGAACUUUAUGGUAAUGCAGUUGAAAGAUUAAAAAUAGAAAACAUGCAAUUUGAGACAGCAUCUAAAAAGAAGUUAGAAAUAUUGACUAUAAGUAGUAAUUAUCAUACAGAAGUAGAUCCUAGUAAUGCAGGAAUACAUGACAGAAUUGUUGUUAUGGAAUUAAUAAAAGCGACUGCGCAAACACAUCACAUAGAUAUAAGCCAAAAAGAAUUCAAAGUGGUAUUUUUAUCAAAUGUGGAUCAACUUACAAGAGAUGCGCAGCAUGCACUUCGUAGAACAAUGGAAAAAUAUAUCAGUACGUGCAGAUUGAUUCUUUGUGCAAACUCAACAUCACGAGUUUUACCUGCGAUUCGAUCACGAUGCGUGCGAAUAAGAGUUCCCGCUCCAACUGCUUCCGAAAUCAAAAGUAUUUUACAUUCAAUUUGUAAACGUGAAGGACUUAAUUUGCCUGAUGAACUUGCCAAUCGAGUGAUUGAAGCCAGUGGUAGAAGUCUUAGACGGGCAAUAUUAAUGCUUGAGGCUUGCAAAGUUGAACAAUAUCCAUUUACUGCUGACCAAAAAAUAACAGAACCAGAUUAUCAAGUAUAUAUACGAAAUACAGCUAAUAUGAUGGUCUCUGAACAAACUCCUAAAGUACUUCAAGAGGUACGCAAUCGAUUUUACGAGCUUUUAACUCGUGCUAUACCGUGCGAACUUAUAUUUAGAGGAUUGCUACAAGAAUGUAUAAAAAAUUGUGAUGAUCAAUUAAAAAGAGAAAUUAUUGGCAUUGCAUCAGAAUAUCAGCAUAGAAUGACACGUGGUUCAAAACCGAUUUUUCAUUUAGAAGCAUUUGCUGCACGGUAUAUGACGAUUUACAAAAAAUAUAUUGAAUCAUCUUUGGAAAGUUUUAUAUGAAAUUUCGAUUUUACUUCUUUAAUAUGUUUUAUAUCUUCAGUAAAACAGUAACUAACUUUAAGAAUUAUUUUUGCUAAUUAUUUAAAUAUUAUGAAUCUUAAUUUAAAAUGAAAGUGAUAUAGAUUUAUAACAACUUCUAUUAAAUAAUAAUAAAUACAAUAAAAAUAAUAAAUAAAUACAAAACAUCUUGAUUCUUAUUUCUAAAUUUAUAAUCAUACUAAAAACAUUCACAUAUUUUUUUCCUUUUUUUUUUAGAACAAUUUUUAUGUUUAUC